AAAUUUUUAUUUUUUUGUUUUUUCUUUAUAAAAAAAUCUUCAGUUUUUAUACAUAAUAAAUUUGGUUUUUAUGAUUCAAAAAUCUAAAAAGGUCAUUUUUGUUUCAAAUUUGGUUCUCUGGAUAUCAAACUUAUAGGCCCAAAUUCAAUAAAGAUUCCCAAUUUCCGGUCGAAGUUGUCACCACCCUCCCUUCACCGUUAACUUUCAUUUCUCUUUUUUCAUCGUCGGCGAAAUUCUGAUUGACAACUUUAUCCAAUGGAGGCUAAAUUCUUUUGCUUUCUCAAGAUUGUUGGGGUUGGUUUCAAGGCUAAAGCAGAAUCUCAAGGCCGUCUCUUAUACCUCAAGCUUGGUUGCAGCCAUGAGGUUGAACUGACUGUUCUGCCUGCCGUUCGUGUGUUCUGUUUCAAGCCCAAUAUCAUAUGCUGCGCAGGUAUUGACAAGGAGAGGGUACAUCAAUUUGCUGCUUCUGUAAGGAGUUGUAAGCCUCCUGAAGUUCACGAAGGCAAAGGUAUAAUGUACAUUGAUGAAGUCAUAAAAAAGAAGCAGGGAAAGAAAUCAAAGUAAUGACUCAGAUUCAUCUGGCCAGGGCUUGGUCUAGUGGUAAGAAUGCAGGACGUAAUGUGUGGGUUAAGCCCACAUCAUUAAUUUGAAUCCUGCCAUAGCAGAAACCUGGUUUUAUGUGGAGAAGGAUGUUAUGUUUGUGAGCCUGACUGCUGGGGUCGCAGGGAGCGGCAACCCCCUGCAAUGGACGAAUUAGUAUUCUGAAGGUAAUUUAGAAAAAAUGCUUGGAGCACAUCCUAAACAGUCAAGGAUUAGGGUUUUCGCAGCAUAUAUAGACAUGGAUUACUUGGUGUGAACUAUGGUUGUAACAUUUUAUAGGAGUUGGUGACUGGCCAUGGGUUUUCUUCCCUUGGAGGGUUUACCACAUAAAAUUGUGUUUCUUGUUUUCUUUAA